AUGGAAAAUUUGAGGUUCCUGCCCGACAUGCUGAAACUCUACCUAUCGUAUGGUGCUGAACUGAACGUGCUGCCGUUCUGCACGCAGUUCAUUCCGAUCGAAGUCAUUGAGGCCCCUAAAUAUAAGAGCAUCAUCUAUCAUCCAUCCAUUCUUCCAAAGCAUAGAGGAGCAUCAGCGAUAAACUGGACAAUAAUUGAAGGCGAUGAGGAGGCUGGACUGAGUAUCUUUUGGGCUGACGAUGGCCUCGACACCGGGCCACUUCUGUUGCAGAAGAAGUGUAAAGUCGAGGAGAACGAUACGUUGAACACACUCUACACCAGGUUUUUGUAUCCAGCUGGUGUUAAAGCGAUGGCAGAAGCGGUGAAUUUGAUAGCAGCUGGAAAGGCCCCACGUAUUGUUCAACCAACCGAAGGAGCUUCUUACGAACCGUACAUCACAGCCAAACCAGAGCUUGCCGAGAUCGACUGGAAAAAGACACAGCAGCAAUUACACAACUUUAUCAGGGGUAACGACAAGGUAACCUUUUGA